CAUGCGUGAACUGGUGACCUUUCGGAAAACAAGAAGGCCGCCAUGCUAGCUUCCUCAAACAUUCGAUAUUUUGGCCAAUUUCGCUGGCUUGCUUCUUGUAGACAAAAUGUCUUAAAGCCAAAGGCUCUAGCUGCUGCUGCCAGAUGCCAGGAGAGAGGUGCCGCUGUGUUGACGUCAUCACACUGCAGGUUCACAUCUCUGACCUCAAGCCAACAGUUAGGAUCUUUAAAAAACUCUAGAUGUCUCCACACUAGCAGAUACCUGUUUUCUGAUGAAAUCAGAGCAGUCAACUCCCCACCAUUUGCUGACUCCAUCUCAGAGGGAGACAUGCGAUGGAUCAAAGCUGUUGGGGAAUCUGUCAGCAAAGAUGAAGUUGUGGGUGAGAUUGAAACAGAUAAAACCAACAUGCCUGUCCAUUCUCCUGUUGAUGGUGUUAUUGAGGAGCUGAUUGUCAAAGAUGGCGACAAGGUCACACCUGGCCUGACCUUGGUCAAGAUUCGAGUUGGAGCAGGGGGGGCAACAGCUGUGAAAAAAGAGUCUGUGGCGCCACCUCCUACCGUAGAAACAUCCAAACCGCCUCCAUCAUCAUCAGGACCCAUACCUGACAAGGCCCCGCCUGUGCCCCCACCCCCCAGCCAGCCCAUCUCCUCCACCCCCAAGACAGCCGUCAAGCCUAAAGCUGCUCAGGCUCCUGCUGUGGGUGCUGCUCCCCUGGGUAUAUCAGGCAGUCGCUCAGAACAGAGGGUGAAAAUGAACAGGAUGCGUCAAAGAAUUGGUCAGCGCCUGAAAGAAGCUCAGAACACAUGUGCCAUGUUAACAACUUUCAAUGAGAUAGAUAUGAGUAAUGUGAUGGAGAUGAGGAACAAAUACAAGGACGCCUUCCAGAAGAAAUACAACCUCAAGUUGGGCUUUAUGUCAGCUUUUGUUAAAGCUGCGGCCUUUGCCUUGGCUGACCAGCCAGUGGUCAAUGCUGUCAUUGAUGACCUGGAGAUUGUCUACAGGGACUAUGUGGACAUCAGUGUGGCUGUUGCCACUCCCAAGGGUCUGGUGGUACCAGUGAUCAGAAAUGUGGAGAAGAUGAAUUAUGCUGAUAUUGAGAAGACCAUCGCUGACCUUGGUGAGAGGGCCCGAGCUGGAACCCUGGCCAUUGAGGACAUGGAUGGUGGAACCUUUACCAUCAGCAAUGGGGGAGUGUUUGGCUCCAUGUUUGGCACCCCCAUCAUCAACCCCCCACAGUCUGCUAUCCUGGGCAUGCACGGCAUCUUUGAUAGACCUGUCGCCAUCAAUGGGAAGGUAGAAAUUCGGCCCAUGAUGUAUGUAGCUUUAACCUAUGACCACAAACUGAUAGAUGGGCGCGAGGCUGUGACGUUCCUGCGUAAAAUCAAGUCAGCCGUAGAGGACCCCAGGACAAUCUUGCUGGACUUGUAACCCCAGCUUAGGACCUAGCUUAAUCUUUUAAUCCGGAGGAGCUCGUGGCAUAACAAAAUCAUGAGGAGUUUCUUGUCUGAAACCUUCUAUCUCAUGGAAUUAGGCGAAAUUGUUCCAGUGUUUGUAAGCCCUGCUUUGAUUGGUUGGUGGUGCUUGAGUCACGUGAUUUAGCCAGAUCUGAUUCUUGUAUUGAAGUUAGUUGCAUCAGUUAUGUAGUUGUCUUGUUAUGGUCCACGUGAUUCUGGUCCAAUGAGCGCCUGCUGAUGUGUAUGUUUGAAUCUAGCGUGUGAUGUGAAUGGUGCUUGCAUGGAAGCAGUGUGUAGCCAUGACUGGGUACUUAAAGAUACUGAACAUCUCUAGACUUGUGCCUGUGAUUUUAGAGAGUUUCAACCUGCAAUGUAUUUAUGGAGAGGUUUCUUUAGUUUAUUGAUAAGACAAACAUCAAUAAACUAUUCAAUUUUU